AGCAAAUCGCCCUAGUAGGCACGCGCCACCACUCCCGAGAUCCCUUGCUAAACUUCAUGUCAACUUUAACUUUCACCAAACCGUUGCAUUCGUCAGUUUCAUCGUCUUAUUAAGCUAGGAGUCUGUUUCCAACGCAUAUCACUCGUCACUAUUAUUUCCUAACUAUCAAAUACCGGCGCUACAGGCGAUGACCAGGUUCUAACCGCUGCCCAUCUCAAACCUGAUAUCGCACUCUAUCACACGCAAAUAUGGACCACACAUACUCUGACUCUCGAUUCGAGCAGUCAGAGGCGAAGCGGUUAAAAUCAGAGUCAAGAGGAGGCUCGCCGCGGCCAUCAGCUAGUGACCGUACGCCAGACAAUUCAUCAUCCACGUCUCCCGUUCGGAAAAAGGGCGUGGCUAUGGUUGUUAAGAAGGCACCCAAGCGGCCGAUGGCAGGAGGACCUAAAGCAGCCAAAAAGUUUCGAUCUCAGAGAGACGGUUCAUCACCAGAAGAAAGCGAGGGUGGCUCUGAAGGCGGUCCUUACUGCCUCUGUCGAGGGUCUGAUGACCACCGUUGGAUGAUCUGCUGCGAGUUCUGCGACGACUGGUUCCACGGGGAGUGUAUCAAGAUGACGAAGGAAGUAGGCGAGAAUCUUAUUGAGAAAUUCGUCUGCCCCAACUGCACUGAUAGCAAGGUCUUUACGAUAUAUAAAAAGGCAUGCACACUACCCUCUUGCAAGAGGGCAUCCCGAUUAACACAGACACCCCAGAGUGCAUUUUGUUCUUCUGAGCACUCUCAAAUGUGGUGGGAUCGCAUUAUUUCAAGGCUGCCGAAAGGAAAGACAAAGAGUGGCCUCAACGAUCAGCUAUCUCAGGACGAGAUCAUGGCAAUCUUAGCCAGUGACCUCUCCGAAGUAAGCGCAGAAGGGAAAUGGGGGAUCAAAGCUGAUCCUUUUGGGUUGAGCACAGAAGGAAACGGUGUCAAAGAUGAGGCUAUGCCUGAUCAAAUAACAGAUGAGGAAAGAAUAUUUGUCGACAUGGCGUCCAGCAAGAAGAAGCAACUUGAAGAUGAGAUAGCCAUGUGCAACAAAAUGCUUACUCUAAUCGAACUCGCUCAAGACCGCCGGCGAGCAGCUAUUGCUGCUGGCAAAAUCGGAGAGGAUAUCUGUGGCUACGACCAACGCUUAGAUGCCGUUUCAGCAAGAGAUGUGUUUAGCGCGUAUGUGGCAUCGCCAGAGGGGCAACUGGCAUUUGAACAGUCCCAACUGGUAGACCCAUUAGGCGAGAAUAGCUUUACAAGAGGCAUGUGCGAGCGCAAGCGAUGCAAGCCACACAGCGGCUGGCAAAAGUUAUUAGCCGCCGGUAUUAAACAUCAGAUCCGCGAAAUGACAGAACAGGCAGAGGAGGUUGGCGAGGAAGAACGAGCCGUCCGCGACGCAGCCGGAGAGCGACUGCGAAGAAGAAUGGCUGAGGGCAACAGGGUUGAAGUUCUCUAGGUCCACAAGAGUGCUUUGUUAAUUUAUUUAGCUAUUCGGCGUUCUGUUUCGGUAGCCUGGAGUCCUGAUCGAAUUUGUAUACGUACUGUUAAACAAGCAGCUGUGUCGACCUGACGUAUGCCGUUUGCGUCUUACUUGUUGUGAACUCUCUUUUAAUAGUAUAUUUAUUUUUUACUGUUACUUUUAUUCGCAAAUUUUCUGUAUUUUUUGACCGUCUCGCCCUGUGCUCUCAAUAUUUUCUAUCGUCUACAUAGUAAAGCAGUUGACUUGCUAAAUUGGUCAGCCAUAGCGCUUGACUAACACGGCGAAG